AUGUUCGCAGACCGUUUAACUAAUUUCAAACAGCUUACCCACGCGAAAGACACCAACGAAUUUCUCAACAACUUAAGUAAAAAUUCCGAUAUGCCACAUUUACUGUUUCAUGGUCCAGAAGGGAGUGGCCGUUAUACCCGCGCACUUUUGUACCUUCAAAACAUGUUUGGUCCAGGUGUGAUGAAGGUGGAGUGUUCUACAACAACGAUCGAUGUCAAAGGUAAGCCACAAGACCUAACGAUAUACUCUUCCCCUUUCCAUGUUGAGUUAGAUCCUUUCGACUCAACCGAGACCGACAAAGUUGUUGUCCAAGAAUACAUCAAGUCUCUCACAACAUUCCAAACACUGACAUCCGUUUUUAAAUCACAACAGAAGCUAUCUUUCGCACCAAACACGGACAGUCCCUCACUUUCAAAGUCUCCAACAAAUUCUAUAACAACCAACAACUCCACGUCAAAACCAAAGUUCCGAGUUAUUAUGAUUCAUGGCGCAGAUAUGUUGUCCCAAGACGCCCAACAGUCUCUUCGACGGACAAUGGAAAUUGGCUCUUCUGUCUGUCGGUUUAUAUUAUUCUGUACUAACGUCUGCAACAUCAUUUCUCCUAUUCGGUCGCGAUGUGUGAUGGUUCGCGUCCCUGCGCCUAACAAGGCUGAGAUGACAACAAUAGUCGAGAAGUUAGGCGGGGACGAGAAGAUCGUGAAUAUCUCUCGAGGUGAUAUUUACAUUGCGGAAGCGUGCGCUUUUAUGAAACGGAAUUGCGGCGUUGUGGAGAAUUUAUCAUGGAAAGAGAAGUUGGCAUAUACCUGUCAAGCUCUUGUCAAAGGCAUUUCGUCAAAAGAAUUUGAAAAGAAGAAGGACGAAAUUGUCGAGACGCUCACCAUUAUUAACCCAAAUGACGUCUUACAAACACUUUUCAUUUGCCUCAUGGAGUCAAAGCUCGACGACAAAAAGAAACUCCAAAUCAUGAAAAUUGCAAAGGAAAAUUCACUCAGAAUGCAACUGGGCUCAGAACCUAUUUACCACGUCGAGACAUUCUUUAUACAAGUGGCAGCUCUGUUUGAAAAGAAUAAGUAA